AUGUCUGAUAGCAUUGCAAAGACAUACCCUUAUGCAAAUACAAAUAAGCCAAAAGAAUACUAUGAUUAUGAAUCACUUCAAGUAACUUGGGGAUCUCAAGACUAUUACGAAAUUACUAAAAAGAUUGGUCGAGGCAAAUAUUCAGAAGUAUUUCUAGGGGUCAAUGCUUUAAAUCAACAAAAAUGUGUCAUCAAAGUUUUAAAGCCUGUUAAAAAGAAGAAGAUUAAGAGAGAGAUUAAGAUUUUACAAAACUUGACAGGUGGGCCUAAUAUUGUUAGUUUAUUAGAUGUCGUUCGUGACCCUGAGUCUAGAGUGCCUUGUUUGAUUUUUGAAAGUGUUAACAAUAUUGACUUUAGAGUAUUAUAUCCUACUUUUACUGAUUAUGAUAUUCGAUUUUAUAUGUAUGAACUUUUAAAAGCACUUGACUAUUGUCAUUCCAUGGGCAUUAUGCAUCGUGAUGUUAAACCACAUAAUGUGAUGAUUGAUCAUGAAAAGAAACAGAUCCGAUUAAUUGAUUGGGGUUUGGCUGAUUUCUAUCAUCCAGGAGAGAAAUAUAAUGUUAGAGUAGCUUCUCGUUGCUUUAAAGGACCUGAAUUAUUAGUUGACUUUCACUAUUAUGAUUAUAGUUUAGAUUUAUGGAGUUUUGGAUGCAUGCUUGCUGGCAUGAUAUUCCGUAAGGAACCUUUCUUUUGUGGUGCUGAUAACUAUGAUCAGUUAGUCAAGAUUGCAAAAGUACUCGGUACAGAUAAAUUACAUGAAUAUUUAAAGAAGUAUGAUUUGAAAUUACAUCCACAUAUUCAAAAAGUAUUGGGAAAAUAUCCUGUCAAGCCUUGGAACAAGUUUAUUACAAAUGAAAAUCAAAAAUAUAUGUCAAAUGAAGUAUUUGAUUUAUUAGAUAAUUUGUUAUGCUAUGAUCAUCAAGAUAGACUUACUGCAAAAGAAGCAAUGAAUCAUCCUUAUUUUGCUCCUAUUCAUCAACAAAAAUAA